GGCCGGCCCGUUUCCUUUUGACUCCACCAUGGCCGCCACCUGCUCCUCUGCCCGAAUGUGUUGUUCUUGCGCGCUUGCUGCUAGCCAUCCUCCGCGCUGCGGCUACGACUCCGACGACGCGUCAUUCUCUUCACGCCAAAGCUGACCAUCAUGAGCGCACGACCAACUUACUUGCAGCCUCAGAUAGACCGGUAUUUCGAUCGGCUCAAACUACCGCAGGAACAGCGCCGAUAUCGCGUGGCCGGCCUACCUGACGCUGACCUCUUGAACUACCUGACGCUGCUCCAGAAACUGCAUCUUGCAGAGAUACCCUUUGAGAACUUCGGGCUGCACUACUCAGCUCACCACUCACUGUCUGUGCACCCCGAGCAGCUGUUCAACAAGAUUGUCGGCGAUAACAAUGGCCGCGGUGGCUACUGCAUGGAAAACAACUGCCUUUUCGGCACCUUGCUGACCUCGCUCGGGUUCACCCUCUACUCGGGCGCCGGUCGCGUCUUCGAAGGCACCAGCUCGGGGGGUUGGAUGCACUACAUCAACUUUGUCACCAUUGGUGAUGUCAAGUACCAUGUUGACGUCGGCUUUGGUGGUGAUGGUCCGAUAGCGCCCAUGCCUCUGGAUCCCGCAGGCACAGUGCAGAAGCACAUUCAGCCUGCAUCGGCCCGCCUCCAAUGGCGCAACAUUCCCGGUAACGUGGAUCCCAACCAGCGUCUCUGGGUUUACGAGUACCGGAGGAGCGACGACAGUGACUGGGAAAUGAAGUACGCGUAUUCCGAGCUCGAGUUCCAGCCGCAGGACUAUUUUGCCAUGAACUACUUCGCCAGCACUAGCCGGCACAUCUUUUUCACAAGCAGGAUUGUAGCACACAAGAAUAUUCUUGAAGACGGCGAGUUAAUGGGCAAGAUGAGUAUGGUAGCCGCUACGCUGAAAUGGAACAUACGUGGGGAGAAGACCAAGGAAAUCGAGUUCAAGAGCGAAGCAGAGAGAGUUGAGGGGUUGGACAAGUACUUUGGCAUCAAGCUCACGCAGGCAGAGCGCGACGGCAUUACUGGCAUGCCUUCCGAGAUUAAGUAGAAAAGAAUUGAUUGCUUAACAUC